GAGAAGAAGAAACACACACACAACCAAAGAGAGAGAGAGAGAGAAGAAGACAAUAGUUGAAUUCCAGCAUCAUGGCUUUGCGGGACGAACUGUUGAAGUCUAUCUGGCACGCGUUCACUGCCCUGGAUGUGGACAAAAGCGGGAAAGUGUCUAAAUCCCAGCUGAAGGUGCUGUCCCACAACUUGUGUACCGUGAUGAAGAUCCCACAUGACCCUGUGGCGCUGGAGGAGCACUUUAAAGACGACGACGAGGGUCCUGUCUCUAACCAGGGGUACAUGCCCUACCUGAACAAGUUCAUCCUAGAUAAGGUGACUGAUAACUUUGACCGUCAGGACUUCAACAAAAUGUGCUGGACGUUGUGCUUCAGGAAGAAUCUGGAUCAAAACCAGCUGCUCAUCUCCAACAACGAUGCCUUCAAGAUCUGGUCCAUCUUCAACUUCCUGUCUGAGGACAGAUACCCGCUGAACAUGGUCACUGAGGAGAUUGAGUACUUUCUGCGUAAACUGACGGAGGCAAUGGGGGGCAGCUGGGUGGAGGAGCGUUUCGAGGACUACAAGCUGCAGCUGAACUCGAAGCAGAAGAGUCUGAACGCCUGGGAGCUCAUCGUCCUGGUGGGGUCGGGUCACUUCAGUAAGGGCAUGGACCGCCAGACGCUCUCCAUGGGCAUUAACGAGGUCUACCAGGAGCUCAUCAUGGACGUGCUCAAACAGGGCUACAUGAUGAAGAAAGGUCACAAGAGGAAGAACUGGACCGAGCGCUGGUUCAUGCUGAAGCCAAACUCCAUCUCUUACUACGUCAGCGAGGACCUGGCUGAAAAGAAAGGAGAUAUCUUACUGGAUGGAAACUGCAGUGUGGAGGCUCUACAAGAUAAAGACGGGAAGAAGUGUCUCUUUCUCAUCAAGUCGUUGCAAAAAAGUUUUGAAAUCAGUGCGUCGGACAAGAAGAAGAAGCUGGAGUGGAUCCAGGCCGUUCAGACCUGUGUGAGCCUGCUGCGUCAGGGCCGGCCGGCGCCGCACCGCGAGGCUCGACAGAAGCGGCGGGAGCUGCGGCUGAAGCAGCAGGCCGAACAAGAGGAGCUGGAGCUGAGGAUGAGUGAACUGCAGACGGCCAAUGAGGCCAAACAGCUUGAACUGGAGAACAUGAGGAAGGCUCUGGAGGAGGCGGCGACUAAUGCAGCAGAAGAAGAACGAAGGCGUCUUGAGACUCAAACUGAACUCCAGGACCGCUACAGGAUCGACCUGGAGAGAGAGCAAACGGUACGGCAGCAGAUGGAGGAGCAGGUGGCCCAGAAGUCCACUGAGCUGGAGCAGUACCUGCAGCGGGUUCAGGAGCUGGAGGACAUGUACCAUCAACUGGAGGACGCUCUGGAGGAUGAGAGGCGCGCCAGACAGGACGAGGAGGCUGUCCGGAGGCUGCAGGCACGGUUACUGGAGGAGGAGGCCACAAAGAGGAUAGAGUUGGAGGAGUUCCACCUGCGGCAGCAGCGCGCCAUCUCGGAGACGGAGGCUGAGAAAAAGGAGCUUGAGAAAGCGCAUCUGACCAAGGAGAGCGCCCUGCAGGCUGCGAUGAAACAGCUGGAACAGCUGGAGCAAGAGAGGCAGGGGGCGCUGGAGCAGUACCAGACGGUGAUGAAGAAGCUGGAAGACGCAACCAACAACACCAAAACCUGGAAGCACAAGGUGGCUGAACACGAGGGCAUGUUACGGCUCAUUCAACCAGGUUCCAAGGGUCAGCAGCUGAUCACCAACUGGGGCCCAGCAGCCUUUUCUGACGCAGAGCUCAGUCUGAGGCAGAAGAAAUGGCAGGAGACGAAGAAUCAGACGACCCAGGCCCAGUAGAGUCCCUGUACGCCCUGAACCUUAAACAUGUUUACAACUCAGAAGAGCAGACAAGAGAGGGCUGCUGGGACAUACUGUCUGUGAUACAACAUCUAAUGACUGGAAGGACUUGUCUGGUAACUGGAUUUUCAGUGGAGUCCGAAUGCGAGAUUUACCAGGACAAUUUAAGGCAUUUUAGGAUUUGGAGGCAUUAAGUAAUCACUGACCUUUUAUACCUUAGAACAAGUCUGUCAUCGUAGGCCACCAUCGAUUAAAUGAGCAGAACAGACACUCGUCACAUUUUCACAUUAUGAGGAUUAAGUUCACUAAUUCUAGCAGGGAUCCAACAAAUGUACUAAGUGAAGAA